GAAAAGCCGACUUACGAGGAUUUUUCUCUGCUCGAGAAGGUGAGAUAGAUGCGUCUGCGUCUUUCCACCUCUUUGGAACACGGUCGAGGUCGAGAACGAGUGAGAUGGAUACGAGCACCACCGGGCCUCUCCCUUCACUUACUUUCACAGCUCGGUGGAAACCCAAUUGUGACACAGCAUGGUGUUCAGGCUUGUUCACAAUCUUAUUCGAAAUCGUGGUUUUUUGUCGUGGGUAUCCAUGCCCAUCAACUUCUGGGGUACCCAGCGGUAGAUGACACUCCCAGCGGUACCUACCUAUACAUCUUUUCGCGUCGUUCGUUAAUUAGCAUCGUGAUUCGUGCUUUAUCGCUCCUUUUUUUUUCUUUUCAACACGACGUGGGAAUAGACAGUGAAGACUACUGGGGACCAGCUUGCCAUCCAUCAGGUUCGGGCGCGACGUUUCAGUCAGAUACGAGCGCUGUUGGCGGGUUUAGCGAUACCUGGGUCUCGGAUCCUUCAUCAGGAUGUUAUCAUCGACCCACCUCCUCCUCCUCCACACCCUGAGCAUUAUUAUCAGUCGAAGCGCAGCGGGCGCCCCACCAUCACCGCAAAAGCGCGCCACCGCUCCCCUCCUCAAAGAACACCAUCUCGUCCCCCGCAGCUGGACCCUCGUCGGCCCCUCUCCCAAAACCUCCCUGAUCCAGCUGCACAUUGGCCUCGUGCAACAAAACCCCGGUGCGAUUGAACAACAUCUCUUGGAAAUCUCCGACCCGUCUCAUGCUCGCUAUGGGAAAUUUUUGACGCAACAAGAGAUUCACGCCCUCGUCGGCCCGUCGGAGGAAUCGACGAAUUUGGUCGAGGAAUGGUUGCGCGAUCAUGGCAUUGCAGAGUGGAGGCGGAAUGGUGCGGGGGAUGUGAUUCACUGUACCAUGGAGAUUGGAAAGGCGGAGGAAUUGUUGAAUACGACGUAUUCGACGUUUCGCCAUGUCGAGGAUGAGGGAGUGGAAGUGCAGAGGGCGAUGGAGUGGUCUUUGCCCGAGUUUUUGCAUGAUCAUGUCGAACUGGUGCAGCCGACGACGUCGUUUUUUCGGCCGAGAGGGGAGGAACGAAUACGGGGUGGGAGUAGUGGUGGUGGUGGUGGGGAGGAGAUUGUGAUGGCGGGGAGGAGGAAGGCAAAGGGGAAGAGGCAGGAGGUGUCGGCGGAUGAGCUUUUGAAUCCUCCUCCGCAGAAGGAGGGUGGAGGAGAUGACCUAGCAAGUAUAUGCCAAGCGGAUUACGUGACGCCCGAUUGCAAGCGAAAACUGUACGGAACCAUGAACUACGUGCCUCGAGCGGCCGACAAACAAAGCAUUGCGACGACCAACUUCCUCAACCAAACCGUCCUUCUCGCCGACAUUACGUUAUUUAUGCAAAAGUUUCGCCCAGAUGCGGUCAACGUGUCCGACACUAUCAACAUGAUUUCCAUCGACGGCGGCGACUUGACGCAGACGCUGACGGAGGAGAAGAUUUCGCUCAAGAAGGGUUCCGAGGCCAAUCUUGAUGUGCAUAAUAUCGCGAGUAUGGCGCAUCCGAUUCCGCUCACGGCAUAUCACACGGGCGGGAUGCCGCCGUUUCAGCCGUCGGAUAGUACGCCGAGGAAUACGAAUGAGCCGUAUUUGGAUUGGCUCGAGUAUGUGCUGGGUCAGGAACAGGUGCCGUCGGUGAUCUCGUCGUCGUAUGGAGAUGACGAGGAUACGGUGCCGCGGUCGUACGCGGAGCGCGUCUGUCAUGGGUUCGCGCAACUCGGGGCUCGCGGGGUCAGCGUGGUGGUGUCGUCGGGCGACCGCGGGGUGGGCGAAGACGGGGAGUGUACGACCAACGAUGGAAGCAAUCGACAGCGAUUCAUCGCGCGAUUCCCCGCAUCGUGCCCGUGGGUGACGACGGUGGGAGCGACGAAGGAAUUCGAGCCCGAAGUGUGCACGACGCGGUUUAAAUCGGGAGGGGGCUUCAGUAAUUAUUUCGACCGGCCGGAGUACCAGAAUCCGACUGUGCCGGAUUAUGUGUCGAGUUUGAAGGGGAAAUACAGUGAAUUCUUCAACGCGGAUGGAAGAGGGUAUCCCGACGUGGCGGCGCAAGGAAAUCACGACACGCACUAUUGGAACGGCGUGCUCUCGGUGGCGGGAGGGACGUCUGCUGCGGCGCCCACCUUUGCCGGCGUCAUUGCUCUGGUCAAUGAUGUGCUUCUCUCGAACGGGCGGGCUCCAUUAGGCUUUCUGAAUCCGUGGUUAUAUGCCAAAGGAUUCCAGGGACUGACGGAUGUGGUCACGGGCGACAGCGGCGGCUGUGAGACGGACGGCUUUCCUGCACAGGAGGGUUGGGAUGCGGUGAGUGGGUUUGGGACACCGCGGUUUCGGGAUUUGUGGGAGAUUGCGUUGAAAAGUAGUGAUGGUAGUGAUGGUAGUGAUGGUAGUGAUGGUGGUGAUGGUAGUAGUAGUGGUGGUGGUGAUAGUAGUGGUCACGAGAAUUAUUCGUGAUGAGGAGGGAGAAAUGUAGUUGAUGGAAAUGAUUUAUAUAUUUUAUGAUUGGCUCGUUGUUGUUGGAGCUGACAAGACUGAC